AUGGACCCCAAAGACUACGACAAGGUGCUGGCAGAUCCAAAGCAAGUCAGCGAUCGCAUCUAUGGAAGCAAAGUUGUCAUUGGGCUAGAGCAGUGCAUGUUGAUCUCAACCUGGGGCGUCAAGACAUGCAUGCUGAUCCUUUAUUGGCGAAUCACGCAGAAUCUGAAAUCGAACCUUUAUAUUAAGAUCCUUUCCAUUUACGUCGCCGUGGGAUUUGUCGUCAUAAUGAUCACCUACUAUGCAGUUUUUUGCCGGCCCUUCUCACAAUACUGGGCUAUGCCGGUAGACAACAUGCAGUGUGCGACAUACCAGCACUACUCGAUAACCCAAGCCGUCUUCAACAUUUCCUCCGAUGCCAUUAUGUUCGCUAUCCCGAUUCCUCUCCUAAUCAAAGCUCAACUCAAACGGUGUAGAAAGGUCGUCCUCAUCGGCGUUAUGAGUCUGGGGUUAUUCACCAUUAUUGCUGCUAUCCUAAACAAGUUUUUCAAUUUUGCCUCCCCACUCACAACCACCUACCAAAUCUGGUACAUUCGUGAAGCCAGCACAGCAAUCUAUGUCGCCAACCUCAUGUGCUGGUGGCCAUUACUACGCAAAUUGUUUGGCGUCAAGGCGUUCCAGUACAACAGCAAUCGAGCCCAGCAACCUGGAAAUCCAGACAACCAGAUCAAUGAUAGCCGUUGUUGUGACUCCAACAACUCGCAACCCCACCCUUCAUUCAUAUCCCAUCGUUCACGGAUGUCACCUUUUCGUCGAGGACAUAAACAUCCAGCACUUCAUGAGUACAGCAUCACUAAGCGCUCGAGUACUGAGCCCAUCAACAGGCCCAAUAACGAGUUCAUGCACGAAAUGUAUCGUGCGGAAGCUGUACCCCUCGACAACUGGACCUCAAAUGAGCAUACUCGAAUGGACACUUGGACAACACAAGGUUCACACCACCACUCGCUUGAGAAAGAGUGUGAAGUUGAAUGGUACCAAAAGCAGCAUGCACUGUCGCCUUGUUGA